UUGGGGGUGGCAACACGGUUAGCAACGUUUCAAUCCUGCUGUCAUUAUGACAUUUAUAAUUGUAUCAAAAACUUGCUGUUUUCUUAUGAAACGAGCAAAAUAUUAAUUUUUAGAAUGUAUUUAAAAUUACUACUUAUAAGCUCGUAGCACAUUGAUUAUUUUAAUGUUUUGUUGUUAAAAAAAAGAAGAUUUUGAUAUAAUAAUGCGAACUUACGCUAGAAAACGGACCGAAUAUCAAGUUAUUGAAGGUGUUCAUGAAAUGUGCAGACUGUGCCUCGAAAAAGUUAAUGAAAGUGUUCCGAUAUUCUCAGAUAAUGAUAAUAUUUGUGCUUCACUCACUAUGAGGAUCAUGAUGUGCGUUGGAUUAGAGAUAAAACGUGAAGAUUGUCUUCCCAACGUCAUAUGCACAGAAUGUCAGAAAGAACUGAACAAUUAUUAUGAGUUCAAAAAGAAGUGUGUUCUCACUUACCAGAAAUUAAAAUCUCAUGUCUUAGCUGUGAAACAAUUGGGAACAAAGCAAAAAAUAGAUGUAAAAAGUACAACAGAAGAUACACCUAAUAAUGGAGAUACAGUUGUAGACGUAAUUAGAAAUAAUACUGUAAAUGAUUUUAGUGUUCUUUCUAGUGACAUAGUUGAGAAACCUGCAACAGAGCCUAAUCAAAGUAUUGUAAAUGCAUCUUUUCAACAAGACGUAUCUGAAUUUUUGUCUACCAUCCUUGUGGAAUUGGGUAUACUGUCACAAAAUGGUGAUCAUGUGAUAUUAAUGGAUCAAAAUGUUAGUUUAAUAGAAAUUGAAACUGAAGACAAUAGUAAAAUUGUUUUAGAGGUGCUGGAAAUUAAUGAGGAACAGCAGAAAGAAACAAACAACGAAAUUAGUAAUAGUGAAAUUAAUACAGAACCAACAUUCAAAUUAAUAGAGCCUAGCAACACUGAGAAGAAUGUGAUACAGCCUAAAAAAGAGUCACGCGUUCGUUGCGCCGAGUGCGGCAAGAGGUUCGCGUCGAGUGGAGCUCUGCGGAGACACGCGCGCGUGCACUCGGGCGAGCGGCCCUUCGUGUGCGCGCAGUGCGGCCACGCCUUCGCGCAGCGGGAGGUGCUGCGGCGGCACGAGCUGGUGCACAGAGUUCCAGAGCAGCGGCCGUUCCCGUGCCCGUCGUGCGCGCGCAGCUUCACGCAGCGCGGCGCGCUGGCGGCGCACGCGCGCUCGCACGCCCGCGCGCUGGCGCUGCACCGCUGCGCGCGCUGCCCGCGCGUGUUCCUGCACGCGUCCGGUUUGAGCCGGCAUACAAAAGUUCACAGCGGCCGCGUGUUCACAUGCGUCGUGUGUCAACGGUGCUUCAGUGAUAAGAGCUCGCUACUGAGGCACCUGCGCGCCAAACACCCGAAAAUUGCCGAACAAGGUACUGCUUAAAAUUGGGCUGUGAGUGACAUCACUAUGAGAAAAUUUAUCGCGAAGACUGGAGGCCCUCUGACAAGUACGAACUAACAAUCAGUGAACAAAUUGGAGCCAUCUCAGUGCAACCACAAAUAUGACGAUAGAUGUUUACAGGCGAAGUGGAGCAGAAUACAGACAGCUAGACGAUGUGCCGUCACGAAUAACCUACAGUUUGCUAUGUAGCACAGCCUUUUAACUGAUAAAUAUGACACUUCACUUCUAUGACAGUCUCUAGAAAAAAUAUAUUGGUGAAUUGUUGGAUCUUUUCCUGUAUGAGCUAAGUCGAAUUUCAUUAAAUCUGGACUUUAUUUUACUGUAAACUUUGUGUAAACAUUCCUAUCUUUAUAUGAAGUAUUUGUCAUUUUUUAAUUUUUUCUUAUAGCUACAUCCACAGAAUACAUGUAACACAUUACAUUGAAUCACUAUUAAAUUAUUUUUAAAUAUAUCACAUUAUGGAGAACACAACAUUCUACAAUAUGUUAAUGACAAUGAAGCAAGUAUAUUUAAAAUUAUUGUACAUCGAAAUUCAAGAGUAAAUGUUUACUAAUUAACAAUAAAAUUCAUUU